AUGCCGUCAGAGUGGCCGGCAGCGGCGGGAGCUGCAAGCAAUGGCAGCGGCGAAGGCCUCUUCCACAAACCGCGGAAGAAGCGUCGGCUGCUGGUUGACUCCGACGAUGAUGGCGGCGGCGGGGUUGAGGACAAGUGUGACAAAGCUACGGCGACGUGGCUCACGCAGACUGUUGACAAGAAGGCCGAAGAUGCACGCGCCUGCGAGCGUCCGUUGCCAGACGGAACUACAAAAGCCUUGCUGGUCCCCCUGGGCUCGCUGCGGGUUCGCAGGCGGUCUCGGGUCUUCGAUCGAGCUCGCGGCGAGCAGUUCAAGCACUUCCUCAACAAGGAAUCCCAAGUGCCGCUCUCACUUCGUCACGGGCUCCAGCUACUGAACGGGGCCUGCUUCUCGGCCAAGGACGCGGUGCCGAACCCGCGGGAAAUCCCGCAGCGAGAGAACGGCUUCGACUGCGGUGUGUUCGUCAUCGCCUUCGUCCUUCGCCUGGUCCUGCACCCGGACUCCCUCCGGUCGCUAAUUCGCCGGCGGCAGCAACUGCACAAAAUGAUCACGUACAUCCAUAAUCACCCAGAGUGGGAAGAGAAUUCCGAGGAUAUCGAGCAGGUGAAGACACUCUUGCUGGACGGCCUCCCGCUCAGCCUCUCGCGGCUCUCGGCCGUGGUCAAUGUUCUCGGCGCAAAGUGCCGUCGCGGCUAG